GUAUCUGAUUCUCGGGAUUGCCUGUCUGCGAGCGGUGAGCGCCCGGUGGUGGAGAUAGCGAAGAAUUUCUCUCCGCGAUCCAUUGCGCGUGACAUAGGGUUUGCGCUGGGCGCGCGCGCUGUUGUAGGAAUCGAUCGAGGCGAUAGGGUUUGGAGCGGCUCGGAGCUAGGGCUUCUUGAUCCUCGCCCAGGAUGUCAUAGGGUUUAGGGUUUGCGAGCAAUUGGAAGCGAAAUCGGUGGAUUGCUCUGGAAAUUCUCGCGCUACGAUGAUGGACGAUAGCUACAAGCAUGCUGUUCCACUGUCGCCGCAGUGGUUGUCUGCCAAGCAUGGUGAUACAAAGCUCCCCGCGGAACUUCCGUCCACUCCGAAAGGAGGUGACCCGGAUUCCAAGCGUGGGGAUGGGGACAAGAAGAAAGAUUGGUGGCGAACUUUAUCUCCUGGCAUUGGAACGCCGGAUCGUGAGCGCUGGCGGGAAGACGAACGGGAAACUGUAGGAACUCGCAGAGAUCGCUGGGUGGAGCCUGUCAAUCGUGAUCGGGAUGCUUAUGACUCGAGACGAGAUGGAAAGUGGAGCAACCGAUGGGGUCCGGACGACAAAGAGAAGGAGUUUCGUCGAGAGAAGUGGCUGGCAGGUCGUUCGCCCGCGCCCUCUGCUCUACCAAAGUCUGCUCCAGGAUUUGGUGCUGGCCGAGGCCGGGGAGUGGGGUCUGUUGGCUUUGCUGCUGGUCGUGGAAGAGCGAGUGGUACUACUCUUGGGUCUUACAGUGCUGCGUUGAGUGGAGGACACAUUGGGGCUCCUCCACCAACCGUUGAGAAGCCAGGCAACUCUUUCAAGUAUCCAAGAGCCAAGUUGCUGGAUAUAUAUCGGAAGUGUGGCGGAGCCUCUGGGUUUACCGAGAAGGAACUUAGCCCAGAUGUGUCGGAGGUUUCUGAGUCUUCCCCAAUGGAUCCUUUGGCUUUUGUUACUCCAAAUCCCGAGGAACAGCUUGUUUUGGAAAGCAUUUGGAAGGGUAAAACUGUGAGCAGCAUCAGUUCGAAUGGUAGAAGUAAGAGGCUUUCUGAGGCUACGUCGAGAAUGGAUUCUGUUCUUCCAGAUGAAGAGAAGCUGGUGGAUGAGAAAAUCGACACUAUCGAUACCUCUAUUACUGAAUAUUCUUCGCCAACUGAGAUCACCGAUGAAGUGAAACACGUCGAGCCUCCUUUAGAAACUUUCGCUGAGGAUAUUAAAUUACAGCAGGUUGAUGUAGCGGAGAAGGAAAAGCAAGUUGUGCCGCCUGAGCCUGAGACGUUAAAACUUUUAUAUGUGGAUCCGCAAGGAGAUGUUCAAGGCCCUUUCUCAAGUGGUGACAUCCUUCAGUGGUACGAGGCGGGUUAUUUUGGGCCGGAUCUACUCGUGCGAGACGCUUCUGCUCCAGAAGGCAGUCCUUUUAUUCCUCUCGGGAGCGUCAUGCCGCAACUUGUUCAAACUACCGAGCGAACAGCAGUUAUCGAGACAGCAAGAGCAGACGAGCGUAAAGACAAUGCUGAUAAACAAAAGACGAUCGCUAGUCAGACGGAGGUUUCUGGGCAGCUAUUAUCUUCGUUUCUUCAUCCUCAAGUGCCGGGUUCACUUCCAGACGACAGCAUUGUCGCUGCUGGUCGAAAGGAUGAACACCUUGUCCAGCCUUUUAUGCAAAUGGAGAAACCUCCACGGUCGUUUGUCCACGAGCUGGAAGAGCUUGAGCUCGCGCGUCAACAGCAAGCCCAAGCCCUCGCCAGGCAACAAGUACAGCAUUCAUCCCUCGACUUCCACAUGCAACCCGGAGCUGUAUCAGAUCACUCUCCUCUUCACACCAAAAACUUACAGCGCUCUAUGUCGGACUUUAUUAUGGACCCUCUUCGACGCGAGCAACUCCUAAUGGAACAGCUUCCGUAUCAGUACGAACAGCAACAAGUCCAUCCCGGACUUUAUGGCAUCGAGAAGCAGAUCAUGCAACAACAGGAAGAGAGGCUGAUAAACUCGCUGUCCGAUCAGUAUCUUCAGCUCAUGCAGUCGAGACAUCAACAAGAUGUUCUUAUGCACCUUUUGCAGCAGAAACAGCAAGAGCGUGAGCUCAGUAGACUCCUGAGUGCACCUCAAAACUUUCCGGAGAGGCGUAUAUCUGGAGUCUGGAAGGUUGACGAUUCAGGAUAUCCGAUGCGAGUUAUGGAUAACAUGCACCAGCCUAGACUGCAGCAUCAGUCCAGUUUGCCGGCAUUAUAUGCUCGAGACGAUCGUCUUCCUGGCCAUGGUUUCGAAGAGCGCGAUCGCCUUGAGCAGCUGGAACUCCAGACGCUUGCGGGGUUGCAGAGGGUCUCCAGCGAGAAUUUUUUUCCGCAACCAAGGAAUGAAGUUCAUCAAGGUUUAACAAAGGAGGCACUUCAGGCUAUCAUAUCAGGGGCAGGAAAUCCAUCCUCUCGGAUACCGUCAUGGGAAGAGCAGAUGAUGCAAGAGCAGUAUUUGAAGAGCUUAGAGCGCAAUCAGGCUUCUCUGGGUUUGGGAAUAGCGGAUCAGGUGGUACACAACCAUAAGAUGGAUCGUCAGGGCUUGUCAUCUCAGGAGUACAUGCUUCAGCAACUAAUGAGGAACCAGCAACUUCACGAAAGAAAAGUAUCAAUAGAACGUGAGCUGCAGCCAUCACUCUGGAAUAACACGGCAGAGCCUGAAAACUUCAAGUGGCGGGGUGGACUGCAGCACAAUGGAGUGUUCAGUAACAACAUCCCUGCUAGUAUGCCAGACAGCUACUUGAAGCACUCAGCACCUCUGAAUCAACAGGGAGUUGAAGUGCAAAAGGGGUUCCUAUCUGGUAGUUUUCCUUCCUAUGAUGGCUUCGUGUCUGAUGGUUUUCAUGCGCCUGUUAGAGAGGUGGAGAACAGAAAGAUGAAGCUAGCGACUCCCGUGGACUUGUCUAGCACGCAAGCUGGGAAGCUCGAGAACGGUAUGCAAAUGUCAUCCACCAGACCUUUGCAAGCUGACGCCUCACAAAGCAGAGUUCACACAGGAAUACAGGAUUUCUUAACUAGUGAGAAUUCAGCGCCAACGAAUGUAAAACCUGAUCUUGUAGAUAUUGUUUCGAACGGAUUAGUUCCGAGCAACCAGCAAGGCUCUGUGAUGCCCCUCGCUCCACAAAGUCUUCUCACGGCUGCUGAUGUAAAGUCCUUUCGAAGCUGGUGUGAGACACAAAUCAAGGAACUUACUGGCAGCAGUGAUAUGAGGCAGCUUGAUUACUGUGUUUCGCUCCCGUCCGUGCUUGAGGCGGAGCGUUCCCUGACUCAGUAUCUUGGAGAAAGCUCCGACGCCCAGGCUUUCAAAGGCGAAUUCUUACGGUGUCGGGAGCUCAUGACACCGCAGAUGCUCCAAGUAUUCAACAGCGGGCCUAAAAGCGAUACCAAAGUCGAGGGAGGCAGUCAGACUGUUUCCAAGAAGAAAACAAAGAAAGGCAAGAAGAUAGUGGACCCGUCUCUUCUGGGAUUCAGCGUCGCGAGCAACCGAAUGCUCAUGGGAGAGAUCCAGUACGUGGAUGAUAUGUGAGCUUCGAUCAAAAGUUCCUCUGUUGAGAGUCUAGCUAGGAGAAGCGCGAGGGACGAUCUAACAUGCAUAAAGGUCAAGUCAAUGAGAAAAUGGAGGAGGAGAACUCGUAUGGACUCUCAAGCGUUUUUCUUUUCCGUGGCUAUCGUCGGAAAAUCUCGCGGCACUGAUAGAAUAGAUUGUUGAAAUAUACUAACGCUUUGCUUAAGGCUCAGUGAUUUCUGGUUUAACUAAACUAAGGUUAUCCAAUGUUGUGCAA